AUGCAAAGUGCACAAGCGGCCGCGGCGGCGGUGGACGAGGCCAGCAGCAGCGGCGCGCCCUCGAAUGCCGCGCCAACCAGCGACACAUGGGAGCUCGACUUUUGCUCCCGCCCGUUGCUAGACGAGCGUGGCAAGAAGGUUUGGGAGCUGGUGGUUACGGACACGUCCCGCAGCUUCGAGUACACGCAGUACUUUCCUAACAGCAAGAUCAACAGCAUAGAGCUGCGCAAGGCGCUUGAGGCUCUGCUGCAGCGGCCGGGCGCGGUUGUGCCCGAGAAGGCGCGCUUCUUCCGCGGGCAGAUGCAGACCAUCAUCACCAAGGCGCUGGGGGACGUGGGCAUCAAGGCACUGCCCAGCCGCCGCUGCUUCAGCAUCAUGAGCCUGCUUGAGGAGCGCCUGGAGAGUGUGUACAAGGUUGACCCCCGCUACAGCGACAAGGCCACCACCAUGUUCAACAUUGACCUGGGGGUGCCAGAGCCGCUGCCCGAUGCCCUGCGCGGCGAGAAGUGGGCGUUUGUGCAGCUGCCGCUGGGGCCCCUGCUGGACAUGCUCAAGACUGUGGAGGAGGGCAACAUGUUUGGCGCGACCAUGUCCCUGGCAUCCGCGGGCCUGGCAGAUCUGCCCCGCGACAUCCUAGUGCCGGGCGUCGCCGUCUUCAGCCGCCGCGCCAUGCCCCUGGCCGCGUGGACCAACGGUCUCGAGAUUGCAGGCGUCAAGGCGGACGUGGAGCGCUCCUGCCUGAUCCUGGAGACCGGCGUCAACCAGCGCUGGCGCUACGGCGGGUGGCGGGCCAGCCCGGACAGCAUCGAGGAGGCGCAGGGCUGGGAGGACGCCAAGGAGGGCACGCGGGGCCUCCACUUCCUGGCGGUGCAGCCGGACCCCGACUCUGAGGACUUGACGGGCCUCUGGCUGCUGCAGGACCGCAUGCCACCCAACGUCUGA